AUGGCGCCCGCGCGCAAGAAGAGCAAAUUGGCCAACGAGAACGGAACGGAGCUGCUUAACGAAGACCGCCAAUCAGGCAAAGACAGCGAUGCCACAGCCAAACAACCACCGCAGCGACCCGCCCCCAUAGACACGAAUCAGGCGGAUGAUACCCAUUCCCAGCCCAGUCUUCCGCUGGGACCAUCCCCACAACAACAGGCGCAGAAUCGCGGCAGCUGGUAUUCGGCCUCGGCGUGGAAGGGCAAGGCCUCCCCCGUCGCACAAGUUGCGCGGGAGAGCAUCUCAGUCGAUAAGGGUGUCAGUUCAGAAUCUUCACAUCAGGAAGCUGCGAAGCGCAGACCCAGUCAAAGUGUGAGCAAGAGCUUCCGGGGAAGUAGCAGGAAGAGCAUACCGUUGGCCGCUGAGCCCACGAGAGUCCAUGCGAACCCGAGCGAAGUGAGUCUUCCGCCAAAGCAGCAGAAACGAAACGUCUCUGGAGAGAAAGAAGCCAAAGGCGCCGACACAACUACGACGAUUCCGGAAGUGGUGAAGGAGCAAGAGGCUCAGGCAGAGGAAGCGCCCCUGCCGCCAGAGCCCGAACCUAUGGGAGAUGUCGAUGCCAAGGCGGAGACGGCGAGUCUAAGGCCUGCACCUGGACCGUGGUUUGGGUGGUGGUCGCGACCAGACGGAUAUGGCAGUGAUGGCGAGAAGGUGAAGAACGCAGCGAAAGCGCAGUUAGAUGGUGCGGCAGAAGAGGCGAGCAACACGCCAUUACCGGAGAACAUAGAAAAUCCGAUGGAGGCUGCGCCAACUCAGAACAACGCAGAUGGCGAGGCUGAUGACCAGUUGCGACCCGAAAUGGGCAGGAACAAUACGGGCAGUCGGUCGUGGUUCAGACUGUGGAGCAGAACGCAGAACGAGCAAGCACAGGAAGAAGAGCGUCAACGGCGUGAGAGCGAACAGCACGAUCAGCAACAACCGCUACUCCAGAUUGCAGCUGAGCCUGCACGUGCCGCAGAGGAUCUCAAGCCCGCGGAAGCAUUGAAGAAACCAAAAAAGGACGAUGAGGAAGACCGGCCAAAGUCAUCAGGAUGGGCCUUUUGGUCCAAGGACAGAUCAAAAGAUGCAGCACCGACGCCAGAAGGCGCCGAUACAGAGGUCGGCGAGCUCGCAGUUGCAGACACACCUUCUCAAAGUCAUCCCGAAGCUGCACAGUUCAAUCAGGAGCGAGAGCAGCGUAAGCAAGAUAAGGCUGAGCUUAAGCGUAGCAGCUCCCUCUUACGGCCCAAACGAGGUAGGCCAGAGAAGGCCGACAAUCUAUCCGGAGACACAACAGCAGCAGUGACCCCAAUCGAGUCUCAGAACCAGACACCUGCAGUUUCGCAAUUCCAGACGCCAAAGGAGACUCCUGAAGCAUCCCCAGCGCCCGUCGCUCGUGGCAAGAAAUCAGUUCAAUUGCGGCCGAAUAUUGUGCUACCGCUGUUCCGCGAUACCUACCCUGCAGCGCCGAACCCAGGUGUGAUGUCUCGGCUCGCAGAGUAUGUAGCACAAACAUUGCAUAUACCGGGAUAUGAGUCUCGACCACCUCCGCAUCCAUUCAUCUCACCCUCGCCUCCGAAGGUCAAAAAAGCCAUCGCCAUUGGGGUCCACGGCUUCUUUCCCGCGGCGCUCCUUCAGAGAGUGUUGGGGCAGCCGACCGGUACCUCCAUACGAUUCGCGAACCACGCAGCCGCAGCUAUCAAGCAGUGGUGCCAUGACCGUCAGCCGGAGGUGAAGGAUGUAGAAGUUGAGAAGGUUGCACUCGAAGGCGAGGGUCUCAUCGCAGACCGCGUGAGCACGCUUUGGAAGUUAUUGCUCAACUGGCUCUCGCACCUGCGCCAAGCGGACUUCAUAUUGGUCGCAUGUCACAGUCAGGGUGUUCCGGUGUCUUUGAUGCUCGUUGCUAAGCUCAUCCAGCUUGGUUGUCUAUCUUCUUACGUUCGCAUAGGUAUCUGUGCCAUGGCUGGUAUCAAUCUUGGACCCUUCUCGGAAUACAAGAGCAGACUGUUUGGCGGUACUGCAUUGGAGCUCUUCGACUUCUGUGACAGCAACUCGAAGGUGUCGAUGGCCUAUGCAGACUCGCUGGAAAUAUGCCUGAGGCAUGGCGUACGUGUGACAUACGUAGGAAGCAUCGACGAUCAACUCGUGAGCUUGGAGUCCAGUUUGCACACGCCUCUCAGGCAUCCGUAUGUCAGCCGGAGUGUAUUCGUUGAUGGCCGAUUGCAUACCUCGAACUUUCUAACGCACCUUGUGGCAUUUGCCGUCAAGCUGCGAAACCUAGGCGUCAGCGAUCAUGGCCUGCUUCGCGAGAUCUCUGCUCCGCUGGCAGGUAGCUUGGUUGGCGGAGACGGACACAGUCGGGUCUACGACGAUCCAAUCGUCUACCGAAACGCCAUUGACUUUGCACUGGAAACUACGGACGUCCAUGCCUCCGCUUUUGAAAUACCAGCGGAUUCAAUCUCACCUGAGGAAAAGCGCAAAUCUAUGGAAGCAGCUUCGUCGCGGCGUGCUUCCCUUGCAGGCUACCCAUCUAACAUGACGGCCGCUAACAGCAUGCGUCGCGGAUCACUAUCUUCUCUUAGCCUCAAGCCGCCAGGAAUUGCGCCCAUUAUCGCUGCGUACGAAGCUCCCGGGGCAAGCGCGGAGAAGAAUCCGUUUGUACUUCCCUGGGCUGUGAGAGGCAUGCUAGGGGAGGAACUUGUCAAGCGAGAUCCGAAAUUGCAAGAAGAGGUGAGAGAGCUGGUCAAAGAGUUUGAAACCUGGCGACCGACGAGGCAAGUCUUGAAAGAUGUGAGAUGGAGGUUAGAGGGCGUGAGGAGUAUGCUGUAG